UCCUUCCCAAUAGACUCGAGAGUCGUGAUAAAUUCUCAAGAAGCAAAUCUCCAAAUAUAUUUAAUCGAAAAACGAUUGAAAGCAGCACACCGGCUAUAGCUAAAUCAAACCCACCGGAUCAGAAACAGCAACGUGCACGUACUGCUUCUAUGCCAGCUGAAAACCGAAAGCCACGUUUAGCAGAUACCAGACGUUCAGCUAUUCAUUGUGCUGACAUGGACAUUGAGUAUUAUCGCUUGCGAAGUUUCAGCAUAACAUCCCACGGAAUAUGUAAUCUGGGGGAUUCAAUGAGGAGUAGACGUUCACGUUCUAUUAAUUCAGUUACUUCAUCAAACAGUGGCAGAGAUCGUAACAAUAGCACGGGAUCACAACACAUGGAUGAAAUAAAAGAAUUGUCUAAAAAUUCAGAUGAAGAGAAGAAUGUGGCUUACAAGAUUGCAAUGUUAGGUGAUUCAGCUGUAGGAAAGACGGCACUUACGUACCAAUUCACAACAUCUGAAUACAUUUGCGCUUAUGACUUGAGCCUAGACGAUGACUAUGGACAAAAAACUGUUUCAGUUCUAUUGAACAAUCAAGAAACUGACUUGGAAAUAAUUGAUCAUCCAUCUUGUGAGAUGUCGGUGGAAGCAUUUUGUUCGACGUACAGCAUCGACUUGUUUGUUAUCGUUUAUUCUGUAGUGGAUAGGAAAACUUUUAAAACAGCUGAAAGAAUUCUUUUGUAUUUAAAAGAAAACGAAAUGAUGCUAACGAGGGGAGCGAUUCUUGUCGGAAAUAAAACUGACUUGGAGAGACAACGAGAAGUGACGAUGCAAGCUGGAAAGAAGUUGGCAAAAGAAAUUGGAUGCAAGUUCAUUGAAACCUCAAGCGGCCUUGAUCAUAAUGUCGAUGAGUUACUGGUUGGCAUCGUUGCUCAAGUGAAAUUGAACCCUCAACGUAUACGUAACCUUUCUGAGAAGCAACGAAACAGCUUGUGUACUUCAAUGCAACAAAAGUAUCUUAAAGGCACAGCGGAUCACUUUACGCAAUUGCGUCGUAAUGAGAGAAAUAAAAGCAAUAAGAAACACGCUGCGGACGCUACACGGGGUAAAGGGGGAAACAGCAAAAACGAAGCGAGUAACAAGGAAAAUGUCAAUGAAGCAAUCGAAGAUGAAACUGAUGAUGAAAGAUCAACGGAUGAUGGUGAAGAAAGUGAUAUUGAGAAAUAUUUCAAUCUUGACGACAAAACACCGCAACAUAGCGCAAAGUUGGGUGAAGGUUCAGCGGCCAUGAACCUUAAUAAAAUGUUGAAUUCGCGUCGUUAUGCUACGCCUGGAAUGAAUUCACAUUAUGAGAGUGUUAAUCCUUUCUUUAAUAAUAACAAAAGCAACGUUGGAAAUAGUAAUAAUAAUUUAAGUUCAUCUUCGUGUAGUACGCCCACGUCUAUUUAUCCGUCAGCGCCGGGAACAUCAUCGUCAAUAUCAACAAAUCAGACAAAAACAAAUAAACGCGAUUUAACGUCUUAUGAUACGAACACAUCUGUCAGUCAACCAACAACGCCAAAAAAAUCAAACCUUUCAGGUGCUGAAAGCGAUAGCAAUGACAGAUGCAUCAACAGGUUCUCUAAUCGCACGAAAUUAUUUCUCACGUCUUUCCUCAAGUUUAAGAGGUCGUUGCGUGUUAAACGACGCAAUUCCAAUAGUUGUAGUAAUUUGUUUGUUAUAUGAAAAUGUGCUCGGAAUAUUUCUCAUUAUUAUUUUUAUCAUAUUAAAAAUCUUUCUAUCGAUAAUAUCUUCUGCAGCUAUUUUUCUUAUCAAUGGUCAAUUUAAGAAAUAAAUCGAAUUUCUUCAUAAACAUAGCUUUGAAAACAUCAUUUGAGAUUUAAAUGAGUUUUUCUAUUCUUAAAUUUGAAUGAAUGAAAUGUAUACGUGCGAUGAAAAAUAAGAUCCUCUCAAUGAAUUUAUAAACUGAAAAUAAUUUAUUAACGCUUCCUACACAAAAUUCUAUUGAUUCUCGUACUCAAUAUGAGUUCAAUGUCGAAUUUGAAAAUAAAUGAAGCUAUUUUAUUAAAAUAAUAUUUUUCAAUUUUAAAAGGAGUGCGAGAAAAUCAAUCUCAGCUUCUGUUUUGUGGUACUUGCAAUACAUCGUACGUCCAAUCAAUUUAGAUUGAACAGAAAUGAUGAGAUUAUCAAACGAAACAUCUCAAUGAAUACGUUUUUAUUAUUUGAAAGAGUUUUUAUUUUGAUUGCAGGCUUUGUAGCUUGUGAAGUUUCUACAUAUGAAAAGCUUAUUUAUGCUCGAUUGAAACAUAAUCAUGAAAAUGGAGCAAGCAUAAUCCUUGAAUAAGCUAACAUUGUUAAAUUCUUUUUUCAAACAAUUUCCUUUUCGACUGUUAAUCUUUGUCAAUAAAUUUUAUGUUAUAAAAAUCCGCAAGAAACGCGAAUUUAUAUUUUCUGUAAAUGAAAAUCUGUAAAAAGUUGAUAACAGGAUCUUGACCAAUUUUUCCUUUAUUUAUGAAACAAAUUUUAAAGGAUUUUAAGCAACGUUACUGUGCGAUUGCGGAACCAAAAAAGAAAAAUAAACAUAAAAAGAAUUGAUGGAAUGUUGACUUAUGAUGAAAUAUUAGCAUAUAAAUAUCUAGGAAAGGAAUUUACGGAAGGAAAGAAUUUUGCAGAAAUCUUUGAAACAAAAAUAGCCAGAAGAAAAUUUAUUUUCUCAAAAAUACUAAUUAACGUGUCUGUAAGCAUUCAAAGAAUCAUUGUAUAAAAAACAAUUUGAUAUAAGAAAAAGAGAAUAGUUAUAAAAAGAAAAACACUUAUUUAUGGAUAUACAAUAUGAAGUUGAAAUUUAAAUUGCUGAAUAAAAGAAAUGAAAAGAAAUUCUGCUGUGAAAAUAUCA